AAUGUCAGUAAUUCAGGGUAUGAGCUGACUUCACAGUUAAGCAGCGCAGCCAAACACUGUCAAAGGGCAAUCUUGCUUCUAGCACACCCAGCAAUUCGCUCCUGACAUGCCCUUCAUGCCAACACUGGGACCCAUCUCAAGCUGUAAUGAGCCACUUCGGGCAGUUAAACCCCAGAAAACUGAUCCCAGAAAAUGUGACUGAGCUUCAACCAGCUUGGCCCUCUGACCUUCAUAUGUAAAUAAAAGCAUCUGUACUUAAGAUAUUUCAAAACCUUACAAACAAACAAACAAAAAAAAAAAAAAAAAAAACAAAAACCACACACCAAGAACAAACAAAAACCCAAAACCAUUUUGAAAGGUCUGCAGAUAAAAAACUUCUUUCUCUGUUGUGAUCAGUAGGCUAAAGAAGGGGAAAAUCUGACAAACUUUACAGUUGUUUAUAAAGAGAAUGAUAGCUUUUGUCUUGUAUUCGACACAUCUCUGUAAUUUAUAAAAAUGUGAGAAUUAAGGUAAAUAUUUGCCAGCAGAAACUUUUAUUUCUUCUUUAUCAGUCAGGAGCUGUUAUUCCACCUGUGGAGCUCUGCUCAGCUAGGCUUGUAGCUUCCUUUUUAAAAAAUUUCAACGUGACACUUCAGCGUCAGGCUUCCCACAGACCAGAAACAGCGGGCUAACCAAAGAAAAGCCACUUGGUAAAUUCUGAACAAAUCUGCAGACACAGAGCGACUGGCUUCGCGGCCUUCAAAAACCGAGUCGUAUCUUGCUUGUUUUCAGCUGCCCUCAUUUGCACAAACGCCCUUUCCAUUCCCGGUGACCUCACAAGUCCCUGCGCAUCCAGAGGCCAGGAAGCCCAGGCAAAGAGCAGGACAGGGCAGCUCUCCCUCUGCAGCCUGCCUUGGAAUCUCGCAACCUUCCACACCAGCGACGUCACCAGCACGCGCAUCCUGCGCGCUCCGCACACCCCCCGGCCAAGGACCUCCCAAACCCGGGAUCCCAAGCCCUGAUUGACGGAUCCGCCCCCGCCCGCCCGCGGCGGGACGGAGCCUCGGACGGAGCCUGCCAUGGGCGAGGCGGCGGCUCAGCCCCGGCGGCCCGGGAUCGGCGUGGGGGUGGUGGUCACCAGCGCCGCGCACCCCAACUGCGUCCUGCUGGGCAAGCGGAAAGGCGCGCUGGGCGCCGGCACCUACCAGCUCCCCGGCGGCCACCUGGAGUUCGGGGAGAGCUUGGCGGAGUGCGCGGCGCGGGAGACGCUGGAGGAGGCGGCGCUGCGGCUGCGCCACGUGCGGUUCGCGUCGGCCGUGAACGCGGUGUGCGCGUCCCAGCGCUACCACUAUGUCACCGUGCUCAUGAAGGGCGAGGCCGAGCCGGGCGCCGAGCCGCGCAACCAGGAGCCCGACAAGAACGAGGGCUGGGAAUGGGUCAAAUGGGAUGAAUUCCCUCCAGCAGAUCAACUAUUCUGGGCUUUACGCUGUUUGAGAGAGCAAGGUUACAAUCCCUUUUCAGAAGAGCUGGAUCAUCUGAAGGGGUACACGGGAAGUCACCAAUUAGAGUAA